CGAAGAAACGGGCGGGCAACACCGCGGCGGGGAAACUUAAUCUCUGGUGGAAGAAACUAGUUGGCACGGGAUCAACGGUUUUCCUCGUGAAUCGGGUUCUAAUACAAAACCGUCGAGAAUCGCGGCGUUACAAGAGCUAACCAUCUCUCUCCCCGCUGCUUUGCAGUCCUCCGGGCCUGAGCGCCAUUAGCUUCGAGUAAAAUCCUCUCGAAAAUGUACGCAGCGAUGGGGAGCCACUCCGCGGGCGCGCGAUUUUCGCGAAAUUGAAGCGAGUGGUUUGUCUCUGCUUUCGAUCGACUUUGCGUUUAAUUGGCCGUCGAAAAGUUGACUCGUUGCCGCGGCAAUCGGGACGCGAAACCGUAGACGCGAUGAAAUCGUUUCACUGACGAAAUUAGCGCACUCCAGGACGAUGUUUAACCUUCGCUCUGGGUCCUCGUGAAAAUCGGUUCUCAAACGGCAAAACUUUCUCUCUCUCUCUCUCUCUCUCUCUCUCUCUCUCUCUCUCUCUCUCUUUUUCUGGUGUGCAUGCGCGCACUAGCUUUUAUUCCCACCUUAACCCCCUUCGCGGCUCUGUGCUACGUUUCGUGCUCGUUUCACGUGGCCGUAUGUGUUUUGCAUUUCAGGGACGACUGCUGGGAAAAGCGGACGCGUACUUUAGUUCCUUUCGGCGCUGCAACUAUCCACGAAUAAAGGCGCCGAACGCUGCACCAGAAAUAGUUUACGAGUGCGCCAGGUACUCCAGUUUCUGGGACAUACCGAGUGCCUGGUGGCAGGCGAGCACCGUGACGAUGGGAAUCGGUAUCGCGAUCGCGGUGAUCGGCGCGCUGACUCUUCUGGCCGCUGCCUUGAGCUUUCUGCCUCACAUACUGAAGACACCCAAGUACACGAGAAUUCUGGGUGCCUUGCAACUGCUGGCUGCAGUGAUGAUAUCCGGCGGCCUGGUGAUGUAUCCCGUAGGGUGGGACAACCGGGAGGUGCGGCAGUCUUGCGGGAAGGGUGCUAACGUAUACAAUCUCGGAAAGUGUUCCGUGUCCUGGUCGAGCCACCUGCUGGUCAGCUCCGUGGCGUUGCUGAUGCUGUGCUUCGGGCUGAGCUUCUGCACCCCGCGACACAAGCCGUCCAACCCGCACACGGAUCCGCUGCGCAUUUGACAAUCGAGAUACUCGCAGUCGAUCCACGCUUAUGCCUCGCCGAAGACGACCACCCUGUCGUUCGUGACGGUCUGUUGAUCGUGAACCGGGACGUCAUCGUCGUCGCGAUCGAGCCUCUUCGUUCAUGUGGGUAUGCUCUGAGUCGACUGUCUGUCCGUCUGUCUGUUCAAAUGUAAGCGUGUCUCCGUAUUCGUGCCGUGUACAUAGCUCAACGCACGAUCACUGCUAUGUACGUACCUAUAGAUGAACGUUUUACGUGUGUAGCGUAGCAUUAACUCGAACAGGAAAGUUUCGACGACGUCGUUGGACGUCGCGUCGCCGCGAAACGCGCGGUUCGACCGGGCAACGAGUUCUUCGUUACUUUCAGGGGUCACAGACGUAACGAUUCAUGAAGUUGGAAAGAAAGUCCUUAGGGAAAUUCGCGCACUUUAUUCCUAACGUAACUCCAGCCUUUGCUGAGAAUAUCCUGUGACGGGGAAACGUGGUCGAGGAAGACGUUGGCGUGGAUGAUUAGUUACAGACCAGAUACCAAUUACGGACUAGUUAAUUAAAUGUAAGAAGUGUGCUCGAAAAUAAUGCUAUUCGCGACGGGCGCAUCGUUCAACAGGUUGUAGAACUCUCUACACUCCACGUUUACCUAUCGUACCACCCAUGUGCGAACCGUUUCGUAGAACUAUAAAAAAUCGCUACGUCUGUGACCCUCUUUUCGUGACAUUUCACGGAACUUCUCGAUCCCUUUCUUCCAAGAAUCCCAAGAAACCUAAUCGAUAUGUCUACGUACAUUUACUUCCGGACGUUCGAAGCACCGCGACGCAGGGCUUUUCAUUCCACCUCGCGACGAGGUGAGAACGUCUCAGGCUGCGAGAAAGGACAUGACGUUUAGCGGUGGUCGUUCCAGCGAAUGUGGAAACUUUCCCAUUCGUGGUUCUUAACCCUUUCGCGACGACACCGUUAGCAGCUGCGUCAUCAUUGCACGGGGAUGUGGGCACUAAACGGCUGACAGGCAAAGUUUCUCUGGCUUCUAGGAAAAGAGUACUCUAGACACCCUUAAUUGAAGGUUACACAUUUUCUGCCAGAAGUAUUAAGUGCAAUCGAUUCGAAUUUGCUUGAAUGAGAACUGAGAGUGUUACAGGAGUUACUUAAAAAAGUAGAUGAGAAGGAAAAAUUCCUAGCGCGCGAAAUCUAAUUAUCCUUCUGUCUGUCAAGGGAUAGUUGAGAAAUUUUCCAGGCAGCCUGGGUUAGAUCUAGAUUAGGCCCUCCGUCGCGAAAGGGUUGAAAACACUGGGAUUCUCUAAAGUCGUCUACAGGGUGCGCAGAAUUUUCCUAAAUUUUUUUUUGAACGUAUAAUUCAAAAGGUUUCCUAAUUUUUGUGUUUAUUUUUAGAUAGCUUUGUAACACAAUUAUCAUCACAAUUCUACUCAACUGAAUUAGAUUAAUAGAGGCGCAGCGUACGUACCGCAUUAAAAACACGAACAAACAGGAACAUUCCGUGCAUGCUGUACUACGAAAUCGUAUUCCUGGCAUCUCCAUCGAUCCCUAGCGAAGGGAAUUCGACGGAACCGAAGUCGUACGCUACCGAACCCUAGAUAGGGUUCAAUUUCCUAAUCCUAAUCCACGGCAGCGUCGUUGCGCGCGAAAACUCGGUACGUCGGACUCGAAAUCGUUUCGCGUUACGAGUUUAAGGGACCUCGUCGCGGGUAGAUUAAAUUACGCGUAGGCGUUCGUGUUCCUCGAAAUGUUCGCGGGACGCGAUUAAUCACCAUCGGGGAAAUUGAGCUCUCAUGCUUGGCAGAACGUACGAUCUAAAACUAAUUCGACGCGCAGGGAAACCAGCACGUACGCUUGCGUUCCCCCAGACUUUAUAGCACGAUUCUGGAUUUGGGUGAUCGGGUGAUAAACUUUUGAAUUUCGGGAAGAAAUUUUACAUAUUUAUCGAAGAAAAGAAAAGUAGGACACGGAGAUCAGUUUCCUGAAGAGAAUAGGGACUUGAAUCAUAUUGAUUCAUCUCAUCGUUUUCUUGGGAAAGUGUUGUUUAAAGAAAGAAGAAAUUGUUUAUUUAUAAAAGUGUUAGAAUGCUCCCUUAAAAUUAGGGGUUGUGGCUCGUCUGGGCGAUCGAAUGAGUCGUUUCCUUAAACCCAUACUUUGAGGGAGCCACUAGUCAUUUAAAAUACAAUGUUAGGGAAACGAUUCGUCGAGGUUUAUAUUUCUCCCAUUCUCCGCUUCUGUUUCUAUUUCCCAUUAAUUCACGUGUCUCCCUUCUGGUGUCUCGCACGAUUCACGACCCCGGCAUUAAAUACUUGCUGCAGUUAUGCGCGUAUUCGAAGCGGUAACUAUUUCCCCAGUCGGAGUCCACCACGUUUUGGCCGUUCUCUCGGGCUUCUACUUCUCAUUUUGCGGUCGGCGCUUUCCGUUGGAGAUUCACGUUUGUGUCUCUGCGUUUCCAGGUUCGCUUUCCUCCGCUGCGGUUACUUUCGGGCGCGUUUGAGAGGAGUACGCGCGCAUAUACCAUCGGCUGUGGUUCAUAAUUCCGUUCGAUGAUUCUAACGAUGGCCUCUGGCGAACCUUUCUAUCCGGGAGAGCUUGCUUCGAAUACCUUUGGUGGUUUUUUCGAUGAAAUGGGGUAAAUUCUUGUUAUAUAUGGCAGGCGUAUGGUGAAUAGUUUUGGAAAUGUGUUUCUAGUCCUCGUGGAAUGGUAGAUAUGGGAUUGAAAGUCCAGUCAGUUUCAGAAACAUUCAUAUCCUCUGUGUCUAUCGAAUGAAGCUUAAACGAUGAUUUUGAUAUUUCCAAAUAAACGUUUCAUUAUAAACAAGUACGCUGGCUGUAUCUCUGGAUUAUUUUAAAAUUAACAAAAAUGCUCGUCGCUGUAGCAUUUGAUCGCUGAAGAGAUUGAAAUAUUUAACAAAAAUACACAGAUAAACUCGUUCCCUCUCUAAAGCGUAUAAUUGGCUCCGGGAUAAUCUAGAAAUACAUUUCCUGUUAAUUGUAUCGAUCCGGAAUUAAACAUAUAUUUCUGGGAUAGAAGAAGAGAAGAAUUCUCAUUUGUUCGCGUUGAAACGUUUUAAUUUCCAUUCGGAACGGGGAUUUUCUGGUUUUCUGUGACGCCCAAACACGGUAUUGCGCGCCAUCGAUUCACCCCUUUCCGUUCUUUUGCGGUCGUCGCUGGAACAGUGUGUUCGGGACGCGGAUCGAAACUCUUUGCCACUCUUUGCGUAGUCAAAGCGCAGUUGCACGUAAAGUGAAAAGUUCCAGGUCCCUGCAGUCUUUUACACGGAAGAUUCCCCGCUACUUCCGAACGAUCGCACCGAGACUCGCAGGUAUAACAGAGACCACGAACGCAAGAAUUUAUCGUGCCAUGAUUCUACUAGACGCGAUGCAACUAGGGUUUCCACGCGUGGGCCGCUAGAACAGAAUAAACGUCUCGUAAGGAAACGUCUCGUAAGGAAAGAGUUGCGAGUGGUGUAAUAUACAAGGGUAGGUGUAUUGCCUCGCUUUAUAGGUAACAAUUUUUGUUAGUCACCAUACGUUGAAGGUUUUAUUUGUUUAAAAGAAAACGUAGCUUAUUACAACGAAGUGUAGGUGCCAUAUUUGCAGGGCAUAUUUGGAAAUCGUGAUACUAUUCGAACACCACUCCACGUUGAAUAUAUGCAAACGUAUUUCAAAUUUUAGCUACUCUACCAUACAAAUUAAUAUCACAUCGCUCCUGCCACGUGGCAUGUGAAAUUUUGAAUUCGUUAUUCCUACAAAACUAACCCAAAUAGCAGCCCAUUUUUAAACCAAACUCUUCGUGUUUUUCAACGCAAAGUAACGUUGGUAAAACAGAAUAGAAAUUCGAGUGAAAACAUCGGGUUUGCUCAGGUUCCGUGGGCUCAGAUGCCGUGUGCCAGCGAUUCCUAAUUAAGAGAGCGCCGCGAUUGGUCGCAAUUAAAAUUACACGCGCAGGUCGGACACGAAUAAUGGCGCGAAGGAAUUGAGGACAUCGAUCCUCCGUUCUGCGAACGGGGAACGAUUCGUGAAGGCACUCUCCCAUUGUUCCGGAUUAAAUUCGCGUUGGCGGAGCCAGUCGAGAGGACCGCGAGGUUCGUUCUGGCUCCACGCACCGUCGAUUCCUCGCGGAUGCACGUUCGGCCGGCUCGAUCCGAUUUCGAUUGCGCCCACGCAACGUCAGGUCGAUCGUGGUUCGUCGAACUUUGUCGA